GGUUUUGGUUCGUUGGGGAACAAAAUAUGGAUGUCGGACAUUUCCGACAUCAGCGGUUCGUUAUUUAAACAGUGCAAUCUCGUUGGCCAGUUUUUCAUUAGAAUACACACGACAGGAAGACGACACGCGGAAUAAGUGAAGGAGCCAUGCCUUUUCUCCAUGGUUUCCGAAGAAUCAUUUAUGAGUAUCAGCCACUAGUGGAUGCUAUCAUGAGUGUGAUCGGGCCAGAAGAAACAGACGCAAGUCAAGAGGAUAGAAGUCCAGUAGAUGAGAGAAGUAUGUGCAGUUCUGUAGAAGAGUUGCUUGAGCUUGAGUCCCACUCUGAAGUAUUCAUGGCAGGGAUCAGCUAUGCUCUGUUCAAGGUGGCAGAGCGAGGGCUGGUGCAUGUCGCUGAAGUCCUUCUACGGUACAGGGCAGAUCUUAAUUUUGAAGACCCAGUAUCUUACUACAAUCCACUGCAUGUAGCUGUUCUGAAGAACAGAUCAGACAUGGUGAAACUUCUGGUUGAGCACGGAGCUGACAUUGAAAAAAGGGACAGGAUCCAUGAGAGCAGUCCAUUGGAUCUUGCAAGCGAAGAGUCAGACCGUCUGCCCUGCCUGCUCACAUUGCUUGACCUUGGUGCUGGUGUGAAUGCAUGGGAUAAAAGAGGAAAGACCCCUUUGCUGCAUGCAUUGGCAAGCAGUGAUGGCCUCACUGUGAACAACACAGAGAACAUCCAGCUGCUACUUGAAAGAGGUGCUAACAUCAAGGCUGCAACAGUAGAUGGCGAAACAGUUGAGUCAUCAUUGGUGUUUCUGGUCAAGGAGGCGCUUGAUGCCAACCCAGAGGACGCUGCAGAGAUUGGAAAAUUCUGCUUGAAGACCACACAGUUACUGCUGGCCCAUGGCAUGGAUCCCAGCUGUGAUCUCUCUGAUGAGUCCACUCUGACCCAAACGAGCCUGGAGCACUUUGACCUUCUCUUCCCUCUGGCUGUGCUCAUAAUCCAAAGCGGAGCUUCUUUGGUUUGUGCCUAUCACAGCGACUCCUGCUGGUCAGCUUCCAGUAUUAUUUUCCAGCGGCUCCACUCUGCUCUGGGGCAAUGUUCAGAUCCAAAUCAUGCAUCAGAGCUCCUUGAGCAAGCUGAAGUUUUGCUGGACUUAAUGAGGGUAAACAAACCGACACUGAGCCGGCAUUACAGGUUGAAACAUACUGUACUUGGGCAGGACCCUCACCCAUAUGUUCAGGAUGUUGAACAGCUGUACAACAGAGUGGUCAAGGUUGAUGCUUGCCCUCCUGCUCUGAAAUGCCUUUGCAGGGCCUUUUUAAGGAACCACUCCCAGCCCUGGCCCCUCGAAAAAAGAAUCAAUGAUUUGCCAUUACCAGACCGACUGAAAGACUUCCUUCUCCCAGAACGCACAUUUAAGACAAAGCCUGUUUGGGACUGCUUUAAGCCACAACAAAGCCAACGCUGAUCAUCUGUGUGAUGCUUACAAUUGAUGCAAAGGCAGCAUUUGUGUACCUAAGUGGAAUAGAGGCACAUUGCCCAGCAGUUAUUUUGUUUCUGUGCCAUUGUGUUUUUACAUUUUCCAUAAGACUCAAAUGUCAAAUAUAUGCCAGCUACACAUUUGUCACUGGAUUCACAUUAAAAACAUGUAAUGUGAGGCUUUAGGAUGUCAUGUGGUUGGUUGUAAUUCAAUAGAAAUGUCACCAGAUGGCAGUGUGUACAAAAAUAAUUUUUUGUACCAUGCCACGAAAGGCAAAAUUAAAUUGUUACAGUGGGACAAAAACAGUAUUCAGCCACCAAUUGUGCAGUUUCUCCCACUAGAUGAGGGAGGUCUCCAACUUCCAUCAUAGGCAUACCUCAACUGUGAGAGACAAAAUCAGAAAAAAAAAUCCAGAAGAUCACUGCCUGAUUUUAAAAAUAAAUAAUUUAUUUGUAAAUGAUGGUGGAAAAUAAGUAUUUGGUCACCUACAAAUAAGCUAGAUUUCUGGCUCUCAGACCUGUAACAACUUUAACAGGCUCCUCUGUCCUCCACUUUUUUUACCUGUAUUAGUGUUUUAAGUCAUUUACAUAUAAAAUAA